AUGAGUCCACCACUUCCCGACCUGACUCAUGAUGACUACACCAUCGCAUGCAUCUGCCCCAUGGGCGUUGAGCUUGCAGCUGUCGAAGGAAUGAUGGAUGAGCAGCAUCCCAAUCUUCCAUCCAGCAUUGAUAAGAACACCUAUACAUUCGGACGCAUGGGAGCACAUAAUAUAGUAGUGGCAGUAAUGCCAGAAGCAGGCAAUGGUCGUGCCGCAGCGGUGGCAACGCAACUAUCAAGCGAUUUCCAAUCGAUUAGAUUCAGUCUCUUAAUUGGCAUUGGUGGUGGCAUCCCGGACAUUGCGAGAGACAUUGACAUCCGACUCGGGGAUGUGGUAGUCAGCAGGCCAUCAAAUUGGUUCGGAGGCGUGGUACAAUUCGAUCGCGGGAAGGACCAUUCUUAUAACCAGUUCGAGCGCACAGGAAUGCUACAGAAGCCCCCAGAUAUUCUUUUGUCUACCGUGCAGAGACUGGAAGCCCUCCAUGCCCGGGUAGACAGUCGAAUUCCUGUCUUCUUGGAAGAAAUGCUUGCGAGAUUCCCGAAGAUGAGGAAGCGAAACUAUGUUUAUCAGGGAGCCACGAAGGACCAACUGUUCCGGAUGGACGUGAAGAGGGAGAUCUUUAAGGCUGACUUGGGCAUUCUCUGUGCUGAGAUGGAAGCAGCGGGCUUGAUUAACAAUUUCCCUUGUUUGAUUAUUCGUGGCAUCUGUGAUUAUGCGGAUUCACACAAAAACAAGGCAUGGCAGCCUUAUGCUGCCGCUACGGCUGCUGGCCACUUGUAG